AUGGCGGCUGAUAGCGUGCCGCGGCGGCCGACCUGCCCUACGAAGGCCUUCAACCUACAGUCGCGAGGGGCCAGCUUAGACACCACAGCGGCGGGGAGCGUCCAAUGGAGCUCCUAUAGCUCAAGUUCCGCAAGCUGUGCUGGACAUGCAUCGCCGGUGCUGGACACAUCCUCCACGCUGAUAUACCUCGAUUGGGAUGACACCUUGUUCCCAUCCACCGAGAUUUUUGACCGCUGGGGCUUGCAGCACGAGGCUGACAAAGACUCCGAAAUCAGCCCGGAGCAAGCGGAGCUGCUACGGGCAUGGGGCGAGUCCUUGCAACGUUUUAUGAAGGCCUGCGUGGAAUACUCGGGAUCCUGCGUUAUAGUGACCAACGCGCAAAGCCGCUGGGUCCAGAACUGCCUGAAACGCUUUGCGCCAGACCUGAUUUCCCUUUUUGCUUCCGCAGGCGGUCCCACCGUUUUGUACGCCAAGGAAGUUCUGAAGGCCUUGCGACUUCGUAAGAAGGUGAGGCACCAGGAUGAUAGCGUGAUCCCUGCCAAGCACAUCGAUGCCUAUUGGGAUGAAGAGGAUACGCAGCGCUUCAAGUUUGUCGAGAUGUCCGCCGCAAAGUUUCAUGCCAUGAAGCUCGAAUUCCUGGACUUCUUCAGUGGACGCGAAGGGCACUCCCGCUGCAACAUCAUCAACUUCGGAGACAUGGAGUAUGAGCAUGAAGCUGUCAGAGAACUAGGGAUGCGUAUGUCCCAAUUUCAGCCAGAGCCCCACGUCAAGUCCCUGCUUCUGCCAGAAGCGCCGAAGAUCAGUGAGUUGACGCUCCGGCUGGAGUUGCUUCGAUUGCUCUUGCCGGCCAUUGUUCGUCACGACAGUGACAUUGACCUUGACCUAAAGGAAGUGCCCUCUCCCAUGCAGCUGCUCUCGAAGGCCCUGAGGCUGCCUGAGCUUGGCAGCGUGGACUUGGCACAUGCUUUUGGUGACGGUCCGCCGCCGCGCGAAGAUGAGGUUGCAAACAGCCUCGUAGAAGUGGCUAUGGCGUUGCAGACUUCUUCUGCAUGA